UGCACACGGAGCAGAGAGAGGAGAGGAGCAGUUUCCAUCCCGCUCUGAGCGCAACCUGAUUCAUCAAUCCAUGGGAGCAGAGACAUUACCCUUUUAUCUAUAGUGGAGGUCAGUUUGAGUCUAUCUCCUGUCUUGUGCCAGGCGCUGGCAGUGCGUAAAACACAGAGGAGAGCCUGGAGUCAAGCAGUGCGCCAGGACGGAUCCGGAGAACCCGGGUCUAUACAGACAGUAUAGGAAGUUUCUGCUCUGCCUGAUGGUUACGUCCAGAGUGCUUUGGUUUGCUUGACUUUUGACCUCCAUGGUUGGAGAGGAGAUGGGACACCACCAGCCCUGAGGACCUUUCUGGAUUGUGAGUGUACGGUUAGGCUACCGUGGGCCGGAGAGAGUGAUGAAGUUCGGUAAGAAGAGUGUCUGCGUGCUAAAUGUGGGGGGUACCCGGUACGCCUUCCCCCGCGAGGUGAUCCGUGAUUUCCCGCUACAGCGCGUGAGCCGCCUGCACGCCUGUGUCACGGAGAAAGAAGUCCUCGAGGUCUGCGACGACUACGACCAGGACAGCAAUGAGUUCUUCUUCGACCGGCACGCGCAAGCCUUUGUCUUCAUUAUGCUCUAUUUGCGUUCCGGGAAGCUCCGAUUCGUCCCGGGAGUGUGCGCGCUCUCAUUUUACAGCGAAAUGCUGUACUGGGGGCUUGGGAGCGCGCAUCUGGAGUUCUGUUGCCAGCGGAGACUAGACGACACCGGCUACUCCGAAGAGGACCUGAUUAUGCGCGCGGAGGACAACGAGUCCCUGAGCGAGGUGGAGGUGGAGAAAGGAUCGGGGUGGCUAGAGUGGAUGCGUCGGACCUUUGAGGAACCGGGGUCAUCGGUGGUGGCUCAACUCCUCGCUUUGCUAUCCGUCAUCUUCGUCAUCAUCUCCAUGGUGAUGCUGUGUAUGAGCACGCUGCCAGAUUGGGACACCGCCAAACACAACACAGUGGAGGAGCACAGGAUUGUGGAGGCGGUGUGUAUCGGUUGGUUCACAGCGGAGUGUGUGGUGCGUUUCCUCGUGGCUAAGGACAAGCUGGUCUUCCUGUGUCGGCCGCUGAACCUGAUCGACGUGGCGGCCAUCACACCUUACUACGUCUCCAUGGUGAUGCCAGGCGGGGCAGGGGGGUUGUCAGGCGUCGCCGGGGUAACCCUGAGGGUUCUGAGGAUGAUGCGUGUGUUCUGGCUGGUGAAGCUGGCCAGACACUUCCUGGGCCUGCAGACUCUUGGGCUGACGCUACGCCGCUGUCGUCACGAGAUGGCAACCCUCGCCAUUUUCCUUACCGUUGCCACGGCAAUAUACAGCGCAUUGGCUCAGCUGCUGGAGCACGGCCUCGACCCUGACCACCGUAACCUUGACGACCGCAGUAACAGAGGAGGAGACUACGCCAGCAUCCCAGCUGCCGCCUGGUGGGCUGUCAUCUCCAUGACGACCGUUGGUUACGGUGACGUUUACCCAGUAACGGUUGGCGGGCGCAUGCUGGGCGGUCUGUGUGUGGUCAGUGGCAUCGUUCUUCUGGCGUUGCCAAUCACCUUCAUCUACCACAGCUUUGUCCAGUGUUACAACGAACUGAAGCUCCGCUCUGCUAGGUACACACACAUUCACACACACUGAAUACACACACACACACUGUUAUCUUCUACAGCUUCGCCCAGCUGCCCAGUUGAACUGACCCCUUCGGCCCCUCCCCCUAAACAUGGAACUUUAAUUAACUAAUAUACUUUUGUACGUCCCUUGUGUCUCCACCAAUACUGUGCCACAAUCUGGACGCAGGGUAGAUGACAGAAGACACACACACACACCACAAGUCCAUGUUUGCAUCGUAUCCCCAUGGUAACUACUUUCGCAGAGACAUCUUUCCCAUUUGUGUAGGUUUCAGUCUGAAAUAAAAAGAGAGAGACAAAGAGAGGAUGAGAUAGCCUGACAGAGAUGACAGAAACAGACAAAAGACAGUCGGCAUGAGCUCAGGAUAAAAGAUCAACAGAGACUGUGUGUGUGUGUGUAUGCAUGUGUGAAUUUCUAUCCAUUUUCACUUCGCAGACUACAAAGUGACAAAUUAUGUGUUUCUGGUCUCUAUGGGCAACAGGUUUCUCGCCUAGUUCAGUUACUGUAUGACUGUCAAUCAUAGCUGUGAUGCUGCUGCUCACGCACGCACACACACAUGCACACACACACACAUGCACACACGCACACGCACACACACACAAACACAAACACACAAACCAGACUGUUCAGAUCAUAGACUGUAGCUACAGAAUUGUUAACAGGAUAUGUGAUGCUCCAUUAAUUACAGAUUGGCUAAUGGAAAGCCACACAAUGAAGUUUUCAACUAACCUGUUCUUGGAGAUACAGCAAGGAAGAUACUUUCUUUGUUCUCGAUUCGGUAAAAAGUGUAUCUUAUAAAUGUCUGUGUCCAGUUGCAGGUUUUUUUUCCAAAAACCAGAGAAUAUUCAGAAAGAUAUUAAAUUAAAUAUAAAUAAAAAAAAUCCACGUUUUGUAUUGAGUGAGAAAUGCCUCUUGCAUGUGACUAGAUCUUUGUUUUGGUCGCACUGUGCGAUGCGCUGUCGUCUACUUCUACACAUGGCAGCGGCCGCGUCACAUAAAAAAAGACUAGGUCCUGCAAAGAUGUUGGGAAAUGCAAGCUGUCUGGCAGCUAAAAUGGCAAGGGAACUCCUCACUCGGUGCAAAACAUGAAUUUAAUAUCUUUCUCAAUAUGCUCCAGUAAGAACAGGUUAGUUGAAAAAUUCCUUGCGAGGCUUUCCAUUAGCCAAGCUGUAACGGGUAUGGAGCAUCACAUAUCCUGUUAACAAUUGUGUAGCUACAUAGACCAUAGUUUCAGACUGGACAGAAGUCUGCAGUUGAUUGGCUGCCUGUGCCUGUGAGUCGCUGUGAUUCUGAGAGGAGAAACAUGUGAACCAAACACACACACACACUCCCUCUCAUCCCCUGUUCAUCCCUCUCUCACUCCCUCUCAUCUGACUCUCUGCUUCCUCUUGCUGCCCCCUCUUCCCCCUUAUGUAGCUGCACUGUUAUUAAUGCUUUACGAUUGCCUUUUUAAAUGCUUAUAAAUUGAACUCUCAUUCAAGCAUCCAACUUUAUUGGCAAGCAUUUCACAGUUGAAGAACAUUCUUCGUUUUUGAUAGGAUGCAUAGCUAGGUGCACUUAUUAUAUCCUAAUGUUUGAUUGACAGGUAGUCUAAUAAACUAAUUAUAAACCUUUAUAAAGAUAAUCUAAUUGUAAAGUGUUACCCUGUCUUCUUUGGUACUGUCACAGUUCCUUCCACCAAUUUGGUGUCACAACUUCCGCCGAGGCUGCCCCCCCUCCUGGUUCGGGCAGGCUUCGGCGU